AUGAUUGAGAGGAUUAACAAAGGAGAGAUACGACGGAGGUGGGGGCGCUUAAAGCUUUACAGGAAAUUGGUUUGGGAAGUGGAGAAGGAAUCUGAUUCGGCGGUGAGAAUCAGCGGGAAGGAGAGAAGCGGAGAGCACCGGCGUAACGUUCAUGUCAAUGGAAGGCUAAAGGUUUUGAACGCGAGUGAAGGAAGAAGAUCAGAGGGCGUACCAAAAAUCAAUUGGAAAAUAAUUUCAGAAUCUGAGUAUGCCACGUGGCAUUCUGUGGCUGAGAGCUGUGAGGUGCUCUGA